AUAGCAUGAAAAGGAAUAAUGCUCAAAUGCUUGGUCCAUAACCAGGUCUAGCAAGGCUAUUCAAUGCUAAUCAUCAUUUUUUGAUUAUCCAACGCUCUGCUGGCCCGUUUAUGUGGGAUAAAUGAGACUCUACUGUUCUUGGAUGGAGCUGCAGGCUGUAUUUCUGCUGUGUUGUCAUAAGCUGAAAGUUGUUCUGCGUCAAUCCCCUUCCUUAUAUGACGAGUUGGGUUUUUUAGCAGAAAAUGUCAAGCAAGAAGAAGCCAUCGGGAGCAUUUCAUCGUAAAAGGAGGUUGCAGCAUAGCCAAGAAGAUAAGAGUCAAGCUAAAGCAUUAAAAAGGUUUUUCACGACUUCACCAUCAUGCCAGACAGGAAAGCCAGAGACAACUAAAUUGACUGAAUCAGAUCAUGCUGAUGACGGAAAGAUACCAAUCUCAGAGCCUCUACCAGGACCAUCAACCAGUCAAGACCUUCUCACUGCAACUUCAGCAAUACCAUUACCACCUUCCUGUAUUGGCAUUACUGGGACUGACACUGAAGAUGUGGAUGAGGAUUCAUUAAGAGAUGCAGCCCUGCCAUCUACUAGUCGGCAAGCUAUUGAAUCUGAACAAAGAAGAGACCCAUUGUUAUUUCUUUCCAAUGAUUGUGGAGAGUGGCCACUCAAAAUAAAUGAUGAGGCACGGAAAAUAAUUGUUGAGCGAGGACCACAGCAAGUCAGAGGCAUAAAGUUUCCUAAGGACAUUCAUGGCAGAAAAUUUUCCCCAUUUCAUUAUUCAAGGAAGUUGUGUAAUGGAGAGCGUGUCAACAGAUAUUGGCUACAGUAUUCUGUAUCAAAAAAUGCAGUGUUUUGUAUUACUUGCAAAAUUUUUGGAAACGACACAUCCGGUCUUGCAGGUAGCCAAGGGUUUUCUGACUGGCGGAACUUGGGCAGGCUUUUGAGCAGUCACGAGAAAUCCCGUCCUCAUAUGAAAAACCGUUCAUCUUGGCGUGAGCUCUCGCAACGUUUGCAUUUAAACAAAACUAUCGAUGCAGAGCAUGAAAGACUUAUUAAUGCUGAAAUUAAACAUUGGGAUCAAAUUCUGAAACGCUUGCUAUGUGCUACACGGUUUUUGGGGGUUCAAGGAUUGCCAUUUAGAGGGACAAAAGAUGUUCUAUUUGAACCUAAUAAUGGCAACUUUUUAAAAUUGAUAGAACAUAUAGCACAGUUUGAUGAUCCGAUGGCUGAACAUGUGAGAAGAAUCACUUCCAAAGAAACACAUGUCCACUAUUUGAGUAAAAAUGUCCAGAACGAGUUUAUUGCUUUCUUGGCAGGCAAGGUCCAGAAUAAUAUUUUGGAACAACUACAUGAGGCAACAUAUUAUUCUAUUAUAUUGGACUGCACACCAGAUAUUAGCAACACCGAACAAAUGACGUUGGUGGUUAGAUUUGUUACAUGUAAAGCAAAUGAAGAUAUCUCGAUUAAGGAACAUUUUUUAGGCUUUGUUCCUGUUGCCAAUCCUUCAGGUGAAGGUAUGACAGAAAUAUUACUCCAUGAGUUGGAAGCACUACGUAUUCCAUUAAAAAACAUGAGAGGCCAGGGAUAUGAUAAUGGUUCUGCAAUGAAGGGACAACAUGUUGGAGUCCAGAGGAGGAUCCUUGAUUUAAAUCCUAGAGCCUUUUAUGUACCAUGUGGAAACCACUCCCUGAACUUGGUCAUAAAUGAUGCAGCUAUGUCUUGCAAGAUUGCAGCAGACUGUUUCGCCACCAUACAAGACCUCUAUAACAUUUUUUCAGGUUCCCCAGUAAGAUGGGGUACUUUGUUGAAGCAUGUUUCAACUCUCACACUCAAUCCACUUAGCAGUACUAGGUGGGAAAGUAGAAUCGAAGCAUUGUUGCCUUUGAGGUUCCAUAUUGAAGAAGUAUAUGAUGCCGUAUAUGAAGCUUCUCAUGAUCAGAAAUUUGAUGGACUCUGUAGGAGCCGUGCUGGUGCUCUUCUUAAAAGACUGCAAAGCUUCACAUUUCUGUGCAGCAUAGUGACAUGGCAUGAGAUCCUGCACAAGAUAAAUAUCGUUAGUAAACAGUUGCAAAAAGUGUCAAUCGAUCUUCAAAAUUCUAUGGCUCUUAUUAAGAGUGUGAAAAGUUUUCUAGAAAGGAUGAGAUCUGAAGAAGGUCUAAAUAGCAUCAUUACAGAUGCAAAGGAACUGGCAGAAAAAAUCGAUGCUACUGCCGACUUUGAAAACGAACAGGAAGCUCGACCGAGAAAAGUAUUUAACAGUUCUGUCACAGAGCACAAUGGCUCCCAUCACACUCCAGAGAAGUCCUUCUGGGGUGGCUCCAUGGCUGAACUGAUGAAAAACCCCUGCCACCGCCAAAAAGAGGUGGUUCCAGAAAUUAUAAAUACAGCAGAACCUCUGUUGAACCUCUAG